CCUUACCCUCUAUCCCUCUCCUUCUCUCUCUACCCUUCUUUCUCUCUCUACCUUCCCAAGCACACCCAGACACCAGAAGUAGGUGAAAAGCAAAGAACCCUUCUCUUAACAUUUUUCACAUUACCUCCACAACCACUGUUGCUUCCUCCUCCCACCUAAUCUCCUCAGAAACUGCCAGAAAAUCGCCGAGAAAGUGACAGAAAAUUGAGGGCCAGAAGGGGGGAGCACUUGCCCUUGUUGUGUUUCCUUUUGGGGUGGAAUAAAGUUUGGAUUUUGAACCCUAGGGGCUGAAAGUUCAAGGCUUUUGGGGUCAGAUCUCAGCGAUUUUGGUGUUGUGGCUGUUGGGGUUGGAACUCACUGGUGGAUCUCUCUGAUGGGUUGAAUCAAUAGGGAACUGUGAUUGGUUUUGUGGGGUUUUCAAAUGUUGAGGGAUUAUUUUUAGUUUAAUUUUUUUUUUGGGUGAUGGGUUUGAACUGUGAGGGGCAAUGCUGGUAGUUCAGUGACACUGUGUUUGUGUGGAAAUGUCUGCUUCUUUAGCGGCUUUUGAGCGACCUCGGCCUGGGGCUUCUAAUACGGUUUUUAAAAGUGGCCCACUUUUCAUAUCUUCUAAAGGAAUAGGCUGGAAGUCUUGGAAGAAGCGGUGGUUUAUACUCACUCGCACGUCAUUGGUUUUUUUCAAAAAUGAUCCUAGUGCCCUUCCACAGAGAGGUGGUGAAGUAAACCUGACUUUGGGGGGUAUUGACUUGAACAAUUCAGGGAGUGUUGUUGUGAGGGAAGACAAAAAACUUCUUACAGUAUUAUUUCCAGAUGGACGUGAUGGGCGGGCAUUCACCCUUAAGGCUGAGACAUCAGAAGACCUGUUCGAAUGGAAGACAGCUCUUGAACAAGCCCUUGCACAAGCACCAAAUGCUGCCCUUGUUAUGGGACACAAUGGAAUUUUUCGGAGUGAUGCAAGUGAUUCCAUUGAAGGGUCUUUCCAUCAAUGGAGGGACAAGCGUCCAAUUAAGUCUCUGGUUGUUGGAAGACCAAUUCUUCUAGCAUUAGAAGAUAUUGAUGGAGGCCCAUCUUUCCUUGAAAAAGCUCUUCGGUUUCUAGAGAAGUAUGGAACUAAAGUUGAAGGAAUCCUGCGGCAAUCUGCAGAUGUUGAGGAAGUAGAUCGAAGAGUUCAAGAGUACGAACAAGGUAAAACUGAGUUUGGUCCCGACGAGGAUGCCCAUGUUGUUGGUGACUGUGUUAAGCAUGUUCUGAGGGAGCUGCCCUCCUCCCCAGUUCCAGCUUCAUGUUGCACUGCUUUAUUGGAGGCUUAUAAAAUUGACCGAAAAGAGGCUAGGAUUAAUGCAAUGCGCUGUGCUAUAUUGGAGACUUUUCCAGAGCCAAAUCGCCGUUUGUUGCAGAGAAUUCUGAAGAUGAUGCACACAAUUGGUUCUCAUUCUAAUGAGAAUAGAAUGACUCCAUCUGCUGUUGCUGCUUGCAUGGCACCCUUGCUCUUAAGGCCUCUGCUAGCUGGAGAAUGUGAACUAGAGGAUGAAUUUGAUGUCAGUGGUGAUAGUUCAGCUCAGCUCCUUGCUGCUGCUAAUGCUGCUAAUAAUGCUCAAGCAAUUAUUACCACUUUGUUGGAAGAGUAUGAGAACAUAUUUGAUGAAGAAAAUAUACAGAGAUGUUCCAUGUCGGCUGAUUCUCGGGUAGAAAACAGUGGGAGUGAAGAUUCAACUGAUGAUGAUAAUGUUGAUGUGAAAGAAAAUGGUUACCAUGAUGCAGAGAAUGAAGUUGAUCAGGAGACAGAUGAUGAUGCUGAUCGUGUUCAGAGUGGAAAAUUGAGUGAAAGUAGUGGUUAUGCUGGCAGUGAUCUUUAUGAUUACAAGGCAUUUGGAGGUGAUGAUUCAGAUGUUGGAUCCUCCAGUAGUAACCAUGCCAAGACUGAAAAUGCUAAUCUGAAUGCUGUUCCAGAUGCCCCACUGUCUGAGGAUCAAAACAAGCAAAGAAAGGGGAGUGAAAACCCAGUUGAUGAGAAUGACGCUUCAAAUUUGUUGCCUUCCACUGAAUCGUAUCGAUCCAUGGGUGAAAUUUUAUCUUCCAUGGACCCCAGCAGCCAUUUACCCAUGCCUGUGAGUGAACCAGGUUCCGGAAAGCAAACUGGUAAAGCUAGUAGUGCUAGUUUCAGCUCUAAGCGGUCAACAUUCUGGGGAAGGAGCAAUCAGCCAAGGAAGACACCAUCAGUGGAAUCAGUUGAUUCUUCCGGAGAAGAGGAGCUUGCUAUUCAGAGGCUAGAGAUUGCAAAAACUGAUUUGCAACACAGAAUUGCAAAGGAGGCUAGAGGCAAUGCAAUUUUACAAGCAAGCUUAGAGAGAAGGAAACAAGCUUUGCACGAGCGGCGCUUGGCACUUGAACAAGAUGUUUCAAGAUUGCAAGAACAGUUACAAGCUGAGAGGGAUCUUAGAGCUGCAUUGGAAGUUGGUUUGAGCAUGUCUUCAGGACAGCUUUCGAGUUCACGUGGCAUGGAUUCCAAGACAAAGGCUGAGCUAGAGGAAAUUGCACUUGCUGAAGCUGAUGUGGCCAGGUUGAAGCAGAAGGUUGCGGAACUCCAUCAUCAACUUAAUCAGCAAAGGCAGCAUCACUACGGUUCUCUUACUGAUGUGGGUGACCGAUACCAACAUGCCCAAAAUCACCCUCAACAGAGAUUUCUUCAGCAAGAUUUUGAUUCAACCCUGGCCUUUUGUAAUCACGAGAGGAAACAAAGGACUGAGGAGAGUUUGUUGGGAAAUGAUUGGAGAAAUAUCAAAGGACAAGUAUUGUCAUCUGGUAAUGGUAGUAGACAGCCUUCUCGAAAGCAAUUUAUAGAGUCAAGUCCUAGUGAUUCCAAAAGUACCGAGGCAUCGACAAGCAUGUCGGUAGAUGAUCUCGGUGCCGUCGAUUCGGCUUCAGUGCCCUCCACCUCAAGGGCAGCAGAGGUGGCGGAAUAUGCGAGACAUCCAUCUGUAGCAUCUUCAACAUUAGUAGAGUUAACUACUCGUCUCGAUUUUUUCAAGGAACGCCGGUCACAGUUGAUGGAACAGCUCCAUAACCUUGAUUUGAAUUAUGGCUCUACAACUUCCCAAGACUUUGUCUAUAAACCGUCAUCGCCGUCGUGGAGUUGACUGGCCAAAUAGGUGCUUCAUAAAAUCCGUGGGGAAGAAUUUUGGCUGACAACGUUGUAUAUCCUUUGACUUAUUGCAUAUAUUUGUAUCCAUUAUGGUCCUGGUACUGCUUCAUUCUCUUGGUUCCUAUUUAAUUUUUUUCUUUUUCUUUUGGUAGUGAAGUUCAUUGGAGUUGAAAUGAAAGGCUUUCCUUUUGGUCAUCAGGUUUUCUCUUUUUCAAUAACUUCGAGUUCUUUAGGGGAGGGGGUGGGAUUUGGUGUAAUUAUAUGGCAUGUCAAUAGAUGGGGAAUUUUGUUGAACAAACAACUAUAUAAGUGAGGAAAUUUUAAUUACUGUUGUGGCAAAUUCUUUGUACAUAGGGACAUGUAAUUGCCAGUUUACGUCACCUAUGGAAUGAUUGUUGUUAUUGUUGCUGUAUA